AUGAAACCAUGCAUCCUUACAAUGGGACUAGAUCAAACUUUGAUUGACGAAGUUUUACAAGGUAUAAUUAGUAAUCCAGUUGUCGAUCUACCAGUUAAAACUAGUGAAAGUAAUGAAAAUUUAACAUUCCAUGAUUGGGUUAUUGAUACAAAGUAUUACACAUGUGAUGUUCAAUUUUGUGUAGUUAAACAAAAAUUACUUGUUGAACAAGAUAUAGCAGAUGCCACAGAAGUUAUUUUAUUACUCUUAGAUCCAAAUAAUCUGAAUACAUUAGCAAAAGCCGACAGUUGGCUACCAUUUUUGAGUGUUAUUGAUUGUGAGACUAAAUGUUUGGUAUGUCAAAAUAUAGACUCGUUUUCUGAAAUUAAUCGAUCUGAUGCACAAAAAUGGUGUGAUGAACAUAAUUUUGAAUUAUUGGAAUUAGAAAAGAAAAAUGAAACGGAUGAAGACAGUGAAGAAGAAAUGGAUGAUCGAUCGAUCAAGGACGUGUACGGAACACAAAGAAUUAUUCAAACAUUACAACUUCAUUCUUGGCCAGAUAUGGUUAUGAAAGGUUAA